AUGCCUCUUCACCUUCGUUUUCAAACAAAUAGCUCAAGUGCCCAUGAAAACACUAUGAUCAGGAAAAAGGUAGCGGGAGCUUAUCGAGCUGACUGCCAUCGUUGGCCUUUUCUCUACUCAAGAAAGUCCGCCUCCUACACAGCUCUUUCGAAUGCAGUUAGAAUAGGAGAUGUUGUGGGAGUUAUACACAUUGUCAGAUUAGUAGGCGCGAUCUCGGUCAGCAUUACCUCAUCUAGGCCUGGAACCCUAAUCUUGACAUAUAAAGGAGAUGAAAGGGCGAGCCUUAAAUUGCUUUGUGUGGCAGGCCUGUUGGCGGCAGUUCGUGUCAGGGCAUUCCUCAGUAAACAAAAUCGUGUGAUCGAAGCAAAAGGAUCACACAAAAUGCUCCUCAAGUUUGCGAAUCCGAAAAAUAAGUUUGAUUGA